UUAAACACCAUGUGUUCAAAGAGGAACGAUGUUAACUUUGUGUCAACUAUCCGCACUCUGAUUUUUCUCGUUUUGUUUUCGACUGUGGCUCUUGGAGAAACUCGAACACCCCGAAGCGAUCCUUCAAAGGAAAUAGAGGACAAUAGCUUUUACGCAAGACUCAAAAUGCGAGAAAACAAUGACGCAAGAGGAGUUCAGAUAGACAAAAUGAUUCAGGAGAUGAAACGUCUGCAAGCAAAGUUACAGUCUUUCACGACAAAUAUGGCGACAGUGUAUGCUGACGUCGUCAGUGACAAAGAUGAGAAAGACAUAAAGAUAGAAGACAGAAACUACUACGGUUGGACCCCAUACGGAAAGUAAAAGUAGAAUUAUCCCAUGCGAAAUA